AAUGUCGAUGAUAUCUUUCCGAAGAAAACAAGAGUACGAGUACACUGUGGUGCUGCCUGUAAUUUUAGAAGGAUGUUUAUUGUAGGUGAUAAACAUAGUCUUUCUGAUCGCCAAUCGUUACUCUGUUCUCUUUUCGCAUUUGUGGAUGCCUGAUAUUUAACAAGAAAAGUAGCCUUGAAGCGAUCAGCAGAAGAGGAUCGUCGACUAUGCCAAGCGAAUUCCGAGGGUUUGUCAAAGUUCGAAUUUUUUUAAUGCUCCACGCAUUUACUGCAUUUAAUCCGAGCCGAACAAGCUUGCGCCUGGCGUCGUCAAUGACGAUCCAAYCUCCAACGAGAAUCCUGCCGUAUAUUGCUCCGAGCUUCGCCCGACAUUUCAAAAAUCCACCGAAGUACCGUCUCCAACUUGCGAACCUACCAACUCYUUUGCACGAUGUAUUGCUCCCAAAUUCUUGUGGGCGUCUUGCUGAUAGUGUCCUCCAACCGCUUCGUGAUCUGAACAUAGAACUUCUGGUAAAGAGAGAUGAUAUGACAGCAGGAGUUGAACUUGGAGGAAACAAGGUUCGAAAACUUGAAUUUUUGCUUGCUGAUGCGCUUGAUGGAGGGUAUGAUUCUGUCAUCACUAUUGGAGGAGAACAGAGCAAUCACUGCCGUGCCACGGUACGUACCUUUAGAUGAUUGCUAUUUCUGGGUGUGGUCCGAAAUAGAACUUUUCAAAASGAAUUGACGGUUUUAUUUGGUUUCUUUUAUCCUAGGCUACCGCAUGCCGUAUGGUUGGACUUGAGUCUCAUCUGAUCCUGCGAACAAAGAGAGCAAAUGAAGUAGAGAAGAACAAUGAAGAAGACUCCUUUGGAUACGUUGGAAAUAUUCUCUUCGAUCGAAUGGCGGGAGCAUCGAUACACACAUGUACACCGGGUGAGUAUGGACGUACAGGAAGCAAUGGACUCAUUGAUUUAUUGUGCAACGACCUUGAGUCUCGCGGCGGAGAAGAAAGCAAACAAACGAAGGUAUACAAAAUACCUGUUGGAGGAUCGAAUGGGUUGGGCACUUGGGGAUACAUUGAAGCUGUAGACGAAUUCGUGAAUCAAUUGGACAACGAAAAAGUGGAUCAUGUCGUAUUUGCUUGUGGAAGUGGAGGAACUGCUGCUGGCAUUGGUCUUGGUUUGUCGCUGGCCUACCUAGAAAAGAAAAACGUUGAAAGCACCCCAAAAAUACACGCUGUCGGCGUCUGUGACUACCCUGAUUAUUUUUACGGUACAAUCACUGAUAUCGCAAACGAGAUGGGAUUAGAARUGUCAUCGAUUUUUCCAGGAUCCCAAACGGGAGCUACAAACGAUGCAUCAAUAGAAGCAUUUGUUCGCGACCAUGUAACUGUCCAUCAAGGAAAGGGCCUUGGAUAUGCAUCAAGUACUUCGGAAGAACUUGACUUUAUAGUCAACUUCGCUUUAGAGACGGGGAUUUCACUAGAUCCCGUCUAUUCCGGCAAAGCGCUGUUUCAAUUCAUCAAUGAAGUAAAAGAGAAUCCGGAAGCGUAUAGGAAUAGCCGCGUUGUGUUUUGGCACACGGGUGGUGCACUUGGAAACUAUGAAAAGGUAGAAGCACUAAGUUCCAAACUAAGAUUGRUAUCAACCGUGGAAAGAAUGGAUGUUUACGGUAAGAAAAAAGAUAAAUAAUUGGUGCCCCACUGCGCUUUGCUUCAACAAGAUUAUCUACUAUCGGUAGAUGGGUUCUGCUGGGAUGUUAUUGAUCACAAAAAUAUAAACCUGGCAACGCUUAUCCAAAUAAAACAAAGCAGGUUCGAAUAAUUAUGCUGACUAGAUUCAUCAGUGCGAUAAAYGUGCUACGCGUGUGUGAAUCGGUAGAAAAAUCGAACAAGAUAACCUGCGAAUAAUUAAACUCGUCAUCG